AAUUUGUCUCUUAAUACAGAGAGAGCAGGACAAGUGCAACAAGCUUGCUGCAUUCUUUUCUAGCUUCAGCCUUCAGUUAAUCAAUGAUGCCCAAUCCAUCAGCUUUCACCAACCUCUCUCUCCUCUCUCACUUCGCAGACAGGGAUUGUGCCACCCAUAUCUCUCUUCCAUGCAGUAGCUACAAUUUUGAGGCAGCAGUGGUUGAUCCAAGCAAAGUAAUGAAGCAGGAGCUCCAAAGCAGAGCCAGGGUGGUCUCAAGAUCAACGAAGGAUUCUCCGAGAGCAGAGGCAGAUAAAGGGUCCCCUCCAAUGCUUAAGCCUAGGCCGAAACCUACUGAUGUGUACACAAACAGCAGCACCAGCUUGAACUUGGCCAAAAGAUCUCUCCACUUCAACAAGCUGAGGCCAGGCACCAACAAGGCCAAGGAGUUGGAGAGUAGACUUGAUGAGAGUGAGAGAAUGGUGGUGGAGCUGCACAAGGAAGUGGCAGGGUUGAAAGCUGAGGUUGAUAAGUUGAAGGUGAGGAAUGUUGAGUUGGAGUCAGAAAACAAAAGGCUGCACCAACAUCUUGUUGCAGCAGAAGCAAAGAAUAUCAAUAAGUCAAUAGUGUUGGAGCUUGUUCAGCAAAACUCAAAGAAUGCCAAAGAAUUAGAGAUUCAUGGGAGCAAUACUUGCAAGAGCCAUUCUUUGGCACAAGUUCAACCAAAACUUGUGAACAAGAUGCCAAUUCCUUCCAUAUUGACUUCCAAAGCUCUGCCACCGCCGCCGCCUCCUCCUCCGCCUCACAAUGAUUUAGGAAGAAUUGCAGUGAGUAAGCCUUCUGCUCUAGUUCAACUAUACCAUUCACUAAAUAAGCGAGAUGGGAAACAAGGCUCCUUGAGCAAUGGGUGUUCCUCUAGUCUAUCUAGCAAUGUACACAGUGGCAUUGUCGGAGAACUUCAGCAUCGAUCGGCUCAUCUGUUAGCGAUUAAGGCAGAUGUUGAAACAAAAGGGCAGCUCAUCAAACACCUCAUAGAGAAGGUGCAAUCCUCAUCUUUCUCUAAUAUGGAAGAUGUUCUAAGUUUUGUCGAUUGGCUCGAUGGACAACUCUCCACAUUGGCUGAUGAGAGAGCUGUGUUGAAGCACUUCGACUGGCCUGAAAAGAAAGCUGAUGCACUGCGUGAAGCCGCAGUUGAAUUCCGCGACCUAAAGCAACUCGAAGCUCAAGUUUCAUCUUUGAAGGAUGAUCCCUCUUUGCCAUGUGAGACAACCCUGAAAAAGAUCUCAAACUUGCUAGAUAAAUUGGAGCGAGGCGUCGAUCAAGUGAUCAAGUUGAGGAAUUCAAAUAUGGUGUUAUAUAGGGAGUUCAAAAUCCCGACUGAUUGGCUGUUAGAUUCUGGAAUGGUUUGCAAGAUGAAGCAGCUGUCUGUGAAGCUUGCAAGGUGCUACCUGAGCAGAGUGUCAAUCGAGCUCGAAUCAUUUCGGGAAUCUGCACAAGAGGCACUUCUCUUUCAGGGGGUGAGGUUUGCUUAUAGAGCACACCAGUUUGCAGGAGGACUCGACUCGGAGCUGAUGAUCACCAUUGAGGAAUUGAAGAAGAAGGUUGAAUUGCAAGGUACAACAAAGUAGAACAAUUUCAUGGAAUGAGAGAGUCAGUUUAUGUAAUCAGAUUUUGAGAAAGUGAUCAAGGUUUUGCAAGAAGGAUAGUUAUGAAGAUUGAUGACUAUAACUAGGCUCAGAAUUGGAUGAAAAGAGAAUAUGAUUACAAAAUAUGAAUUUGCAAUAAAAAAAUUGAAAUGAA